ACGCGGGCAGAAAGUCAGUGUUGGGUACCCGAGAGACCAGGUGGGUGGGAAGUCACUUCCUCCCGGGGACGCUGUUGCUUAGCAACCGCCCUCCGCCUCCAUCUUUUGCCCCGCCUCCUGCUUCUUCCAAUACCUGGUUUCGCAGAGUUCCAGGCCCUGGCCGGGGCGACGUCGGUGCUAGAGCCCAACCGCUGCAUUCUCAGCCAUAAUCACAGUUUGAAUGAAUUAUUCCAAUUAUUUAUUAACGAUUUUAUAAAAGUAGAGAAAAAGAAUACACUAUGUCGGAUGAAAUCUUCAGCACAACUUUGGCAUAUACCAAGAGUCCAAAAGCUACCAAGAGAACUUCUUUUCAGGAUGAGCUGAUCAGAGCAAUUACAGCCCGAUCAGCCAGGCAGAGGAGUUCUGAAUACUCAGAUGACUUUGACAGCGACGAGAUUGUUUCUCUAGGCGAAUUUUCAGAUACCUCAACAGAUGAAAGUCUAGUUAGAAAAAAGGUAAACGAUUUUCACUUAUCUGACGAUGAGGAGAAGAAUUCUCCACGACUGUCCUUUCUGAAAACCAAGAACGUAAAGAGUGAUGUGUGCAGAGAGCAGGAGCUCAGCCUGCACAGCGGAGGCGCGUCACCUGAAGCUCACGACGAUAUAGCCCGGAACUCCUCUUCCAAAUCACAGAAUGAUGCUCAAGAAGGUGGAGAAGAGAUCAAUGCAAUAAAGCCUAAACCCAGAGUUCUCAGCAAACGCAGCCCAUCUCCAGGGGAAAACGGCGGCAGCUGUGAGGUUGAUGGCCAUUUUAAGCCUUCACCUCGGCCCAGGAGCGUCAAAAAGAUCAGCCCCCCGGAGGAGGGAGACAGAGCAGAUGGCCAGGAACACCCCCCGAGUGAAGACUCUGCCCCCAGCCCUGCCCUCCCAAGGCAGAAUGGCACAGAGGUGGAAACUGAGGAAAAAGGACGCUCUGAAACCCUUGAUCUUGAGCAGGACUCGCUCCUACAAAGUCUGACCUCAUCAUCCCUCAAAGAAAGCCCUGGAAAUUGCACCUCACCGGAACCUCAGGAAAAAACAUCCGUAAAAGAUCAUGAUGGAGAACCUACCGAACUCUGGGAUUCCCUGAUAUCCAAUGAAAACGAAGAAACGUCGGUUUUGGUCAACUGUGUUUCUCCUGAACUUGAGCAAGCCGAGGCAGGUCAGGUGGCUGCUGGUGACAAUGAGGAAGACAGAGCGAAGGCUGGGUUCACAGACGACGACCUCACCACUGACCCACUGCUCUCCACGUCCCCAAGUGUCGUCACACCCACCGAGACAGCAGAGCCAGCCAAGAAAGCAAACGAAGACCGAAACUUGAAGAAUAAAAAAGCAACGAAUGGUCGAGUGUCCAGUGCCUCUGGCAGGCUGAUGACCUCUGAGUUUUUAAAGAAAUCUGGCCCCACACGGAGAAGUCCAUCUGCAGCUACCUCUUCUCACUACCUAGGGACAUUGAAAGUCCUGGACCAGAAGCCAUCACGGAAGCAGAGCCUGGAGCCCGACAAAGCCGAUCACAUAAGGGCGACCGUUUACCAGGAGUGGCUGGAAAAGAAAAACGUGUAUUUGCACGAAAUGCACAGGAUAAAAAGAAUCGAAAGUGAAAACUUACGGAUCCAAAAUGAGCAGAAAAGAGCUGCUAAGAGGGAGGAAGCAUUAGCAUCAUUCGAGGCCUGGAAGGCUAUGAAAGAAAAGGAAGCAAAGAAAAUAGCGGCAAAGAAGAAGCUGGAGGAAAAAAACAAGAGGAAGACGGAAGAAGAAAACGCUGCGAGGAAAGAUGAGGCCCUGCAGGCCUUUGAGAAAUGGAAGGAGAAAAAGCUGGAGUACCUGAAAGAGAAGACCAGGAAGGAGAAAGAAUAUGAGCGAGCGAAGAAACAGAAGGAAGAGGAGACAGUCGCUGAGAAGAGGAGAGACAACUUGACUGCUUUUGAGAAAUGGAGUGAGAGAAAGGAGGCUCUUCUCAAACAAAAGGAGAAGGAGAAAAUCAAUGAGAGAAGAAAGGAAGAGCUGAAGAGAGCGGAGAAGAAAGACAAAGACAAGCAAGCCAUCAGUGAAUAUGAGAAGUGGCUGGAGAAGAAAGAAAAGCAGGAAAGAAUUGAACGGAAACAAAAGAAGCGCCAUUCCUUCCUUGAAAGCGAGACCCACCCUCCGUGGAGCCCUCCGAGCAGAAAUGUGUCCUCGAGAGUAUUUUGACAACUCAGGUUCUUGAUUUAUCCGUUCACCACCUUUGCCCAUGGAUUUGGAACCAUUCAUCUCAUUAUUUGUGGUAGAAGAGUCUGUUUUAAUCGCUGCAGGAACUUCUGUGGAGCACGAGAGAGGUGCUUUACAGUGUAGGCAGUGGGAGCAGUGUUCUCAAGAGUAGAUAAACCGCCUCAGGCAAGAAGCGGUCAGAUUGCUGAGACGAUCCAGAUGCAUGAAGCUUUGUCACAUCCUAGUCAUUUCUGAUGUGGGUGGUGUGUGUCACUGAGUUCUGCAUUUCUUAAAGCAUGGAUAGUCCGCUGAUCAAAGGCUGCCAUCCAAAUUCCACCAUCGUAGGAAUGACUCAGUUCGUGGAAGCGCAUGCUUCUCCAUUGGAAGUUUGGGAAUUAAAGGUCCCUGGGGAGGAUGGGCAGAUUAUUCUAAUUCCGCCCAGAACAGCGUCUCCGCUGGGCAGAUUGAGGCCGCAGAGCUCUCGUCAAAGACCCUCGCCUUAUGGCUGAAUCUCAGUGUGCAUUGCCUGUGUGGGCCUCACCUGACAAUCAUGGCCAUUUCUUUAAUAGGUUCACUUCUGAAAUUUUCUUUCUAAAUUCUAUCUCAGUUUGCUUAUUAUUUGGUCAAAAGCCAGCAAUUUGAUGGUAGCUGUGUCUUAUAUAGUAUUUGUGAAAAUUUCAUAAGGGUUCAGGGUCAUUAUCAAAAUUCUUUCCAGACUAAAGUUAUAAAGAUCAAUGAAGGUAACUCUCACCUUCUCAACUAGCCUGGAGUGCUUCAACUUGACUUUAGAAGCAGCUGAAUGAGAAAGUGACUUUGUAAAAAUACUCAAGAUUUAUUUAUUUAUUUAUUUAUUUGGCCUCUGCUUCUCCCUGUAUCAAAUGAUCCCAUCCGUGACUGGCCAUUUCCCGAAACCCCAGCUGUUUCCAGCUGCUGUAUGCAAUAAUGUGUUGCAGAGACAAUCAAUGGAAAGCAUGGUUGCUGCUGUUCCCCAAGCUCUUACAUCAUCUCUGCUGCUCCUGACAGAUGGAAUUUGUCAAAUAUGUAACAGCUAUUCAGGGUAGGUGUUAUUAGCUUUACUGCGCAGAUAAAAAUGCUGAGCCUAAGCAAAUCCAAAAUAACUUGCCAUAUAGCAAACAUACGAGCAAUAGGACCCAACCCCACUGUCUUCCUUGUCCUUGAGACCUGUGUGACCUCAGAGACAGUGGCUGACCUCUGAGUCAAUCAACCUUGCAAGCGCUUGUCACUCCCAAGGUGUUCAUGGUGCAGUGCUGGUGAGAUGUGGUCCUUUCCCGGUGCCUCCAGAUGCUAAUCCUCCUUACAUCUAAAAUGAGGUGAGGACUCAUGGGAUCUCAGAGGUUCAUCAGACACAGUGUUAGCAAAGCCAGCAGUUUGUGCAAGACCCAGCUGUAGGAUGUGCACGAACAGGAUGUCACGAGAGGCUGUGUAGCAUUGCCAGAGCAGAUUGUGACAGACACCCACAGAUGAAGCGAGAAGCCUUUGAUACUGCCAGAAGUGGUCACUGAAAGAUUCUCAGCAGGGUGCUAUUGGUUUGGGAUUCAGGACUUGAAUUUGUGUGUUUUCCCACAACCAAGCCUCCCAGAAUAGAUUGAUGCAGAAGUCUUGUAUUGAAGUCAAUAGGUAGAGAUAGAAAAGGGUUUUUCACAUUGUAAGGAAUGAAAAGGAGAUCAGACAGGUGUAGCUCUCCAUGGUCACUUUGUACAGUGUUGUAUUUGCUAUUGCUGAUAGCUUCUGAAUCAUGAGAAAUGAAUGGUACAUGCAAGCUAAAGUGAAGUAUUUGGAGCAUAGGACUCAGUAAAUAGCCUUUGUCAUAUUCAUUUACACUUGAUGGACGGGAGGCCAGUGUGGGGUGAGCAGGACAGUAGUUACUUAGCACACAGUUUUAGCAUGCAGAAGAACUCAGCCUUCUGGUCUGUCUUUGAUGGACCAGUCACAGUCAAGUGCUGCCAGGAACAGGGCCCUCGGAGAAGACGCCUGAAUGCUGGUCUUUAAAGAUGGUUUCUGAAGAGAAUUACGUGAAGAUAUACCCAAGACCCCAAAUGUUGUUCCCUCGCAUGUGAUUUAGGAUGAGUCUAUAUAGAGAAUAAAUAAUAGGGUUUUUUUCCAACUUACAACAACCUGUAUUCAAUCUCUAUGGAAUUUAUCUAGUUAAGUAUAAUCGCCCCUUCUCCUGUAGUAAAAAUAAAGCAGAGAUUUGUCCAGUGAGUGAACAUCCAAGUUUGUAAUGUGGUAGUCUGAGUUCCAGAGGGAAGACUUGAACCUGCUAAGAUUAUCUCAAUGUAUUUGCUUAUUUAAGAAAUAAGACUUGCCCAUAUUUCCUUAAAAAGUACCAAAUAUAGAUAUAAAUUAGUUUAUAAUAAUGAAAAAUAAAACUCUUAUAUAAAAGUAAGUUCCAUAAUAACAGCAAAAAGAUAUCACACAUAUCAAAAGUAAUAAUACGGUCUGGAAUAAUUUAGAUGUGGAAGAGUUCAUGUUUUCUUAAGGAAAUUGGCUAAGAACAGCUCAGAGUAACGGUAUUCCUGUAGCCUACUGUGUGUGCCACUCUUGAAGGUGCUGGUUCACUAAUUGUUGUAGAUUGGAAAGAUAGCUGAUGUUUUCACUGUUGCCAAAGUGGUACCUCAUGGGAGGUUGACAGCCACAGUUGGAUGCCCCUUGGAGUGGUGUAGCUGUCAAUCAACCUGGACCCGACUGUUUCUGUGUUGAAGAAUCUAAUGUCCAGCAUGUUUGCCAACCUCAGAUGCCUAGUGCUAUCGUUCAGGUUGACAGCAGGUCCUUUGCCUGUCAUUCUACAGCUGUGCUGGCCUCCUACACCAACGUUGGCUAAGUGUGGUUAUUGUUCCUGUGGCUGGUUGCUGCUCUCUCCUGGUUCCCUGUCCUCCCCAGCUGUUUGGGUGCUCGCACUUCUCUGUAAAGUAUGAGAAAAGAGUGGCACUUCUUAAAUACAAUAGGUAAAGGAAGUUUCAUAAAGUAGGAGGAAGUGCAUGCUAGUCGAAGUCAUUCUCAGAAAUAAGAUAGUACAGGACACAAAUUUGCCUAAUUUAAUCCUGAUUCAUAGUUCAAUUAUACUACGGUAAAAGACAUUUGAAAGCCUAUGUGUCCUCUCAACACAAAGCAAAUACAUUAUUGAUUUUCCUCGUUCCUAGUUAUGCUGAUAGAAUAGUGAAAUGCCACGUGGGUGAUGAACUGGAGGCUUUCCCAAGGCCUUUUGUUGUAAAAUGUCGCGUGCUACUGCUAGUUUGAAGUGUUGUGUAACCAGAAUAUGUGGAAUUCUUGGUGCUGAAUUUAGGGUGUCUUUGGGAUUAUUGGGGGAGAUAUAUUUAAUGCCUGCUCCUUAGUAAUACAUUUUUGUUUCAUACUUAAUUUAUUACAGUUAGCCACUCGUGGUUUAUUUUAUUGUUAUAAUUUAUUGGCUGCACGCCAAAUGUUAAUAAAUGUGAUGUGUGCUUAUCUCUGAGCUAAAGAUGUUGAUAUCUCUUAUUGGAAAUGAAUAGUGGACAAGAAGUGAUUUGCAAUGUAAGACCUGGAUGAGAACAGAUGUUGCGGCACAGAUAGCGGGUGCGGCAUAGUUGUCAGGUGAUUAGAAGAAGACUCGGAUUCGUGAAGUCGCCAUGUUUCCAUCCUCCGUGAUAACUGCGGUCCCCCGCAUCCAUGUUUCCAUCCUCUGUGAUAACU